UUUAAUGAUGUUUAAAAGCCGAGGCGAUAUUGUUUAUAAAUGCACAGUGCGACUUUUAGAAGAUACGGAGAUAUUAGAAUGCGAGUUCCAUCCCAGUUAUAAAGGCAAAUAUCUCCUGGAAUAUGUAUGUCAGCAACUCAACCUCACUGAGACAGAUUAUUUUGGUUUGCGGUAUGUGGAUGCUGGGGGUCAGAGGCACUGGCUGCAUAUGGCAAAGUUGAUACUUAAACAAGUAAAAGAUGCGUCACCAAUACUAUUCAGUUUCCGUGUGAAAUUCUAUCCACCAAAUCCGCUGCUGCUAAAGGAGGAUGUGACUAGGUUUCAAAUAUAUCUACAAUUAAAAAGAGACCUGCUACAUGGCAGGCUGUACUGCACGGCCAAUGAGGCGGCCAUGUUGGGAGCUCUCACUAUACAGAUUGAGUUGGGAGAUUACGACCCUAGUAUUCACGUUGGUAAUUACGUCACAGAAAUGAGACUGUUACUAAGACAAACUGAUGUCAUAGAAGCUAGAAUACAGGAGCUGCACAGAGAGCCAGUUGAAGGUACACCAGGUGGCACUGGUGGCGUCAAGGGCAUGUCCACACAAGAAGCUGAGCGGUCGUUUCUGAAAAUUGCCUGUCAAUUGGAUACCUAUGGAGUGGAUCCGCAUCCUGUGAAGGACCACAGAGGGAAUCAAUUGUACCUGGGUAUCAAUCAUAGCGGCAUCCUGACCUUCCAGGGCAGUAGAAAAACGCAUCAUUUCAAAUGGUCUGAAGUGCACAAAAUCAAUUUCGAAGGGCGAAUGUUCAUUGUACACCUUAAUUAUCCAGAAAAAAAGCAUACAGUGGGGUUCAAAUGUCCGAGUGGAGCGUCCUGCCGGCAUGUCUGGUGUUGUGCUAUUGAGCAGAUGUUGUUUUUCACGCUGCCAUCGUCGUCGGAGGCGUCCGUGUAUUCCAGUGGGGGGCUAUUCUCAUGGGGCACCAAAUUCAAGUAUGUGGGUCGAACCGAGCGGGAGAUACUGGAGCGGGACGGACUACUCGCACCCAGAGACGCGCAUGAAGAGGGUUCGAGUACAGGUGGCAAAAGAAAAGCAUCGAGCGUACCGGCUACACCUUCAACACCUAUGACGAGUGAUUUCGGGUACAGUAGCUUGCCGCGGUCCACGCACAGCGCGCCGCUGGAGGAGAGCGCGGGCGACUGCAACGGCGGCUGUCUGCUGUCCGGGCCCGCCGUCGACAUCGCGCUCGCCUGCUGCGACCACCUGCGGCCCGUCGCGGAGGAGACCAAGCCGCCAGCGGGGGAGUACAGUCUGCGGGAUUCGUUCGAGCACUCGUCCUCGGAGUCGGGCGCCACGCUCGCGAGCGGCGGCGGAGGAGGAGUAGCGGGAGCAGUUGGAGGAGUCCCCGAGGAGUGGGCGCCACCGGCCCUGCAGCCGCCGCCGCGGCCUUUCAGCCUGGUGCGUGCAUUCGUGCCGUCGUUCGUGUUGGUGUGGCUGUCGCUGGCGCUGCUGGCGGUGCUGGUGUUCGAGACGGACUGGCCGCCCCUCCGCGCCCUCAAGCACAAGCCCGAGCUGGUCGCCCUGCGCCGCCACUACUACGCGCCCCUCAAGGACUACCUCCGGCGGAAGGUCGUCGAGCUGUUUUGAUUCCGAUCGUCGCAGGUGCCCGUCGAGUACUACCUAUUGGCAC